GCAAGAUUAUCUGCAAUUUUCGCCAGAACACAUUUCUUAGCUCUCCACGGCUACCUCACAGGAAAACAAUCGAACUAAUCCCUCCGGGUACACUCUGAAUCAACAGUACCUUGUAAUGCUCUAUCAUCAAGAGCACAAGACUCUUCGUCGCUUUCCCGCCUGUCGUGACAAUCCAACUUCUCUCUUAUCUCACUGUGCAAACUUUAGCUAGAAAUACGAUGCAAGACCUCCACUCGCCAGAGCAGCCACUGGUAGAUAAGCAGUGAAAACAGGUUUAUCAGACUAUCAUCUUCUUUGGAUUGUCCCGUUUGUCACUGGCAGACUCCGUGCAUCGUCGAUGCAGUUUUAUGAGGAUGUUAACCAGUUGCUCGUUUACAACUCUCGUGCUCUGACACGGUCGAUUCGUUUGUUGCUUGCGGAAACAUUCCUGUUCCACGUAGCAUCGCGAUGAAAACCGAACAGAUGUUUCACGAGAAAAGCAUUCUCGUGCAGUCGUUGAAGAUUGCAAACAAUUUGGACCGGAAAAAGUCACUUUCGACCUCGAUCAUACCAACUCAAAACCAGAACUACUUAUGUGUGCCUUUGCUACACAAUGGACCUAAACAGGUGGAAUCGCGGAAAAAGGACGAGUACGAGGGGAUUACCGUGCAUACUGCGGUGGAGAAGUCGUAUCAAUCGAUCACACGGAGUAUCUCUCAGUCUACGUUGACUAUACCGGAGAACUACAGCUUUACUUCGGUGCACGUGCAAGUCUACAGGCGUAGAUGGGUGAUGUUAGUGCUUGGUAUGCUGAGCAUAGCGAUUUCCUAUGUACAAUGGAUACAGUACAGUAUUGUAGCGAAUAUUAUAUCAAGAUAUUAUGACAUAAGCUCAGUAUGGGUCGACUGGACUUCGAUGAUCUUCAUGGUGGUUUACGUUGUGUGUGUUUUUCCGAUAUCCUACAUUAUGGAUAUACGAAAUAUGCGUCAAACGGCAGUGAUCGGUGCCGUUGGGACGGCUAUCGGAGCAUGGAUUAAAGUAUUCUCCGUGCACCCAUCUCAGUUCCAAAUGGUUUUACUAGGCCAAAUCGUAUCCGCUUUCUCGCAAGUGUUUUUGCUCAGCAUUCCGUCAAGGUUGGCUUCUACCUGGUUCUCACCCGAGGAAGCAUCAUCAGUGUGUGCUUUCGGUGUAUUUGCUGCUCAGCUUGGAACUGCUUCAGGAUUCUUUUUCACACCUAUCCUGAUCAAGAACCACGAGGACAUAGCUCGCAUAGGUGUGGAAAUGAAAAUUUUCCAGAUGUCGAUUGCCGGAAUUUCCACAGUGAUUGCGUGUAUGGUAAUCGCUGUGUUCAAAUCCGCUCCACAAUUUGCGCCUAGUCACGUGCAAGCACUUCAGAGAACGAUCAAACCCAAAAGGAAAGACUACUGGCCAGCAGUUGGAAGACUCCUGCAAGAUAAUAACUACUUGAUACUUGUGAUUGCCUACGGAAUCAAUGUUGGAAUUUUCAACGCAUUUUCGACGCUUCUGAAUCAGAUUGUAGUGAACUACUUUCCUACUGGUGAAGCUGAUGCUGGUCGAAUUGGGCUAGCGCUGAUCACUCUGGGUCUUCUGGGAUCUAUGGUUUUCGGGUUCCUUUUGGAUACGAUGCAUAAGUAUAAGGCCACUGCUGUCUGGGCUUGUCGGCUAUCAGCGAUUACUAUGGUCAUAUUCGCAUUAGCUCUCGAGACUCGCUCGAAGAAACUGGUUUCGGUAGCCUCAAUCUUUCUUGGUUUCUUCAUGACAGGAUUUCAACCAAUCGGCUAUGAGUUUGCCGCGGAACUAACUUUUCCCGAGCCAGAUGGUCCUGUUUCGGGAAUCUUGAACAUUUCGACCCAGAUUUUUGGGAUCGUCAUAACGCUGCUGAUCUCAGGAUUGCAGCAGAUUCUGGGAGACUUCGUGGGUAAUUUGGUUUUCGCAGCAUUGCUAGUGAUCGACGCUAACAUAAUUUCUUUGAUAAAAUCGGAGCUGCGUCGGUACAAUACUCAUCUGGAGAUAGAGAAUGAGGCUGCUAAGGAACAGGCGGAAGAUGCGUCUACACAUUUUGACACAAUUAGCUACGAGGACGCGCCCCUGAAACUUAAAAUAGAUGACUAUAGCGGCUGGGUGCGAUCAUGAAGUGAUACAUGUGUAUGAUGUACAUAUUGGACUUUAAAUUGUAAAUAAUGAGGCUUAAGCCUGAUAAGGAGAAAGACAGACCAAUGUUGAUGAGUCAUCUGAGUUAGUUUUCGAAUAGUGCUAUUCUUAACAUGACUGCACACACAUGAUAUAGCGAAGAUAACACGAAAUGACGUCAAAGCUGUAUUUAUUUUGCGUCCAUGGUUUUAUUUCUUGUGUUUUUCUCUAGAUACAACAAGGAAUAUUUAGGUUAUCGCUGUAAAAGUAUUUGUUAUUAUUAAGGGGUUGGACCACAGCAGAAAACCGAUUUUUUCAUUCUCCCUAAAAUAUGCUUUGGUGUCUUGAAAAUGAUUUGUCAAAAUGUAGAAUGCGACGAUAAUAUAAAAAUGCUCAAAUUAUCAAUUCUUCCAAAACGCUUCUUAUGUUAGUAUACCCAAUCUGAGCAUACUGAAAAUUUUAACUGCGUUUCCGAAACCACUUUUUUGAGCUGGUCGGAAUCGUAUCUCCAACAAAUUAUUUUUGAUCGUUCUGAAAUUUUCACAGUGCAUUCAAAUUACUUUCUCCAGCGAAGUACGUAGGAUUUUAACUUUCCAUUGCGUAAUUUUUAACAUGCAAUUUUGUGUCCAUUUUUGACACAUUUUCUAUGUUUUUCUAUUGAAAAGUGUCCAAAUAUCGAAAAAAUUCUACGGAAUCGAAAAAACUUUGGUUUUUGGCUCUAGGUAAAAAUUUCGGGAGAUAGAUCCUUUUAAUAAAAACCACCGGCAGGAAAAUGUUGCCCAACGGCCAUUUUGUAAUUAAAUUACUUGAAAACGUUACAUUUCAUGCGUCACAAGAAGUAUUUUAAAUUUCAUUUCGAAGGAACUCGAUCCAUUUCUUGGUUGAGCCAAGAAAAAUUAUCGAAAAAUGCCUAUAUUUUCGUGGUCUAUGGUGGCGUAACCCAUUAAAGCUAACUGUCGUAAGCGUGAAGGAUUUUAUAAAUUUUUAUCACAGAAAACAGAUGAGAUUGAGUUGUGUAAACACAACCGAGCUAUUGAUACUUAUAAUGUUAAGAAUGGAAAAUCAAGUCGAAGUUCUCCGAUGUAACAAUCGGUUUAAAAUACCUUCAGUUUUAAAACAGGGUACAAAUAUAGACAGAUCUAACAAAGUAGUUUUGGCCGAUUUUGCAUCUUGAAUGUAACGAUAUUCGAAUUUCCCUGCGAAAUAGUUUUUUAUUUUUAACCGGUUUUGAUUCUGGAUGUUCAUCCUUGCCGACUAUUUUAUCUGGCUAGUGAGUGUGUGAGAGUGUGACGUUAAUGACGUCCGUUGUAUUGAAUGGAAUUAAAAUUGUUACAUAAAUAUUGUAUUAAAUUCCAAAGUAUGCAUGAAUAGUAUAAAUAAGAAAAAUAUUAUAUGAAUAGUGUGUAUGUGAAAAAAAACGAUAUAAUAAUUAAGCUUCGGAUAAUGAGUUUUACUACCUUAUUAUUACAUUUACAUUUUAUUGCAUUUUUAUGGAAAUCAGAUUGUUUAGGCUGGACCAAUGCUAAAGCUGUAAAAAGUGGAAUAAAUAAAUAAAU